CUGUACGCACAUACUGUAUACGCAUUGACGCACUCGCGUCCGUCGCUUUGGAAGUUGAAGUUAGUACAAGGGAGUUCUUUGGCGCGUGUGAAUGCCGGAUUUGGAUUCCUCAGAAUUUAGCGUCACUUUGUUCGAGCUGCCGAUUUGUGAGGGACCCAUUGGAUCCGUACGGAAGUUUUGGGGGUGAGCGUGCAAUAUGGUGCGGAAAGCUUCGUGUCAGAUCUGAUCAAUUCAACCCGAAUUGUGAAGUGCACAUUGCAGAGACAUUCCCGAUCAGGGAUUUCAUUUUCAUCGAACUGACUAACGACCAAGCUCACGAAUCGAGGAUCCUGUGGCAGGGAAUUAGCUGAUAUUGAACAAAACCAUGAAGAUCCUCAAGCGACGAAUUCCUCGACGAUUCCUACACAUUCUCACCGCAGCAACAAGUCUCUUUGCAUUGUCAACAGGCGACCAAGGUCACAUCCUCACCAGCAGCAACACACCCAUUUCAAGGAGGGCAAGAUCCGCCAUUUUCCCGUCGUUUCUUAGCAGUAUUCAAUCUCGUACUGACAAUGAGCCAGGCCAGGUGUCGUUUUCUUUACCCUUUCUCAAAGCGAUGGGAUUACCCCAGCCAGUGGCACCCGUCCAACUCUCGUCAUACACAAGUCCUUACGUUCCGUCCCAGCAGCAGUAUCAGCAGUAUCAGUACCAGUCAUACAGUCCCUACCAGCCUCAGAGGCCUCAACCGCAGUAUGCACAGGUUCCGCCCAGUCACUACCAAUAUCCCGUUCCAAAUAGCUCGGGUUCGUACGGCAUGGCUUCUCGAAUCGACUCGGGCUUGAGUUCGGUUCGAUACUCGGUCCUGCCGGAUCUUCUCACCAAGUUCUCGCAAGUUGGACAACAGGGUAUGCGAGCGGCCAAAUCCUUCACCCAGAAGGCUCAACCUUUAAUGCGCAGGUCUAUGGCACAAUUCCAUCGCACCAUGGGUCACCAUUUGAACCCGAGCAUAAUGACCUUGGGGCGGUCAACCAUAAAUUCCGUGUCAUCGGGGGUGGAUGCACUUUCGAGCACUUUGUUAAGGCCAGACACCAAAGUGAAGGCCUUGACCACAGCCAAGGACACGGUGACUGCGUUAUCCACCAUUGCUGGAGCAUUGAUGAACGGUGCUUCCAAUGAUACGCGGUCACGCUCAAUUCCGUCGGAGCACUUCCAGUACCAAGGGUUCGAUCCCGUUGAAUUCCAUCAGGCAGCCAACUCCCAAAGGCUGGCCAGAGAUUUAGAGCAAUCCACUAACACCACCACCACCACCACCCAUGCUUCUUCACUCGAUACAGAUACUAACACUCACAUUCAUAAACACCUAAAUCACACUCCCUUGGAGAACGCUUUUUACACAUUGGGUCAAAACGUGCUGGGUCAGAACAUGACAGAACAACUGUUCCCCGUGGCCCAACAAAUGGCCACGGGCUUCGGCCAGAUCGGGGAGGGCCUGAGUACGAUUGGUAAUGCCAUUCCUCUUCCUUCAGUUGAGUUCGAUUCACGGGGGCUUCGCGUCAAAACGGUGGCAGAUCCACCCGAACCGCAAGCCGCUAGAGAUGAGAGGAAUGCUCCAUCCGAUGAUAAGGACAACACGGAUGGUCGAAUAACUACUAGCUCGCCUCGGUGUACCACCCCAACAGGCGGGGCAGGGCGUUGCAUGGACAUUCAAAAUUGUCCACUACUCCUAACCAAGUUAGACACGCUGAGGAAGUCCAUUUGCUUCAAGUCACUUUUCGUUCCCGGUGUCUGUUGUCCGGAAUCCGGAGUUCAAUUGGUGGCUUUGGACGAAAAUCUAAAUGCCGUGGGGUCUCUAGAAGAGAUUCAACCCCAAGGAACCACGUCCAAGCCCCCACAGAGAAAACCAACCCAAGGACCACAAUUACCAGCUAGACCCGCGUUUAGCGCACCCGUCUUGGCACCCAAUCCAGUCAGGCCUGGGCAAGAUUUGAAGAAUUCCGUUCCUGGCACGGACAUCGAGUGUGGUGUCGCAAAAAUCCCACAAGCCAGAAUUGUAGGAGGCAACACGACCUUUGAAGGUGAAUAUCCCUGGAUGGUGGCCAUCUACCUUCAUGGAUCUGGACGACGAGAAUUCUGGUGUGGAGGCGCACUUAUCAGCCCAAAUCACGUGAUAUCAGCCGCUCAUUGUACUAGAGAUGCCAAGAAACGACCAUUUAAGCCUUCUCAGUUCACCAUUCGAAUUGGGGAAUGGGAUCUUGCGGAUCAAGACAGUUACAGUGAAGAAUUCAGAGUCGUGGACUAUAAAGCCCAUCCUAGUUUCCGGCCAAAUGGAUUUUACAACGAUGUGGCAGUAUUCAAACUCGACCAACCCGUCGACUUUUCCGCACACAUCCAACCCAUUUGUCUGCCGUUGAGCGACCGUCAAAGGACGAAAACCUUUGUCAACGAACUGCCCGUGGCCUUGGGGUGGGGUACGACAUACUAUGGAGGGGAGGAGGUGACCAAGCUAAGGGGUGUGCCUCUCCCGGUGUGGCAGAACGACGAUUGUGACAACGCCUACUUUCAACCCAUCACUGAAGUGUUCCUUUGCGCAGGCUACGCCUCUGGAGGGCGGGACGCAUGUCAAGGUGAUAGUGGAGGCCCUUUGAUGUUGUACGACGACCAAACUCAAAGUUGGACUCUCAUCGGUUUGGUCUCGUUUGGAAACAGGGACAAUAUGAUAUGACCAACUAUUUAUUUGUAUCCAUUCCGAAAUGCCAAUCAAUCAAAAUCGCACAUGUUGAUCAUGGAGAUAAAUAAUAUUCUCAACAAACAUCAUUCGCUCACUGAAUAUUUUCUUGGCUUGUCCUCCUCAGAAGAUCUCUUUGUGGAGGGGGAGUUGAAAUUCCACGGGAUUCAUUAUCCUCAAUCCAACCCACGAGCUCGGCGAUAUGACUUAUAAAUUACCGUUGACAUUCAACCUGGUUUGCAAUUUCAGCAUCCAUCCAGGACGGUAUUCACUAUUCAGCUCGGAAGAUCUGAACCUUGAGAUUGUGUGGGCGUGCCACUCGACAACACACUCUGCUCCACCUCCAAUCUCUGGCCAUUCAAAAUUCAGAGCCGGGAAAAAAUCCCGGCAAGGCUUCAAAUGUGCCAUUAAGGAAGACAAAAAAAAUUGAAGCAUGUGGAUGGAACAUCAAUCCUGUUUCUAAAUCAGUGGGAAUACAGCUCCUCGCUUCCCAAUUCACUCAGUG